CUAAUAGGAAGCACGUGACAGUCGUCAUUUAAGUCUCUGGAUUAGGCACGUUGUCGUAUUUUUGUUCAUUUACCUCAUUAAUCCAUUACUGUAAGGAUGAUGAUAUCACCGCGUGUAAUUCGUUGGCGAAUUUGAAAUGUCGUUAAAAGUUCUGAAGAGGCUCAAAAGCGCACAUGUGAAGUUCGCGAGUGGAUGUUCGCUUGGACAACGUUUUAUCUCUCGUUGGUUAAUUUAAAAAUAAUGCGCUAUUAUCUUGUUUUUUUGGUGGCAUUGGGAUACGUUAAGGCUGAAGUAUUUUAUGAAGAAAUCAAUCCGUACACUGAAGCACUAAGUUACACUCCCUGGAAAAGUGUACAAAAGUAUGUGGAAGUGAGGCCUGGAGCGUUCAUGUUUUAUUGGCUGUACUAUGCUGAUGGCACGAGCUACGGUGCGGACAGAAAGCCGCUGGUAAUAUGGAUCCAAGGAGGGCCAGGCUUGGCAGCCAGCGGAAUAGCCAACUUUAUGGAACUUGGCCCUUUUGAUAUGCACAUGCAACCGCGAAACCAUACCUGGGUGAAAGGGAGGAAUGUAUUGUUAAUAGAUCAUCCUGUGGGCACAGGGUUUAGUUAUGUUACUGACAAAAAAUUACUUGUAAAGACUGAUAGACAAAUGGCGACAGACCUCGCCAGAGCAAUAAAGACGUUUUUCCGAACGCACAAAGAAUUUCGCAAAACACCGACUUAUCUCUUCAGUCAGAGUUAUGGAGGAAAACUUUGCCCGAGAUUGGCGUAUUAUCUUCACACGGCAAUUGAAAAGAAGCGUCUAAAGAUGAAUUUCAAAGGCAUAGGAAUUGGCAGCGGUUGGGUUGACCCAAAAGAAAGCACUUUGGCGCAUCCAAGUUUUUUAUACAAUAUGGGUGCCAUCGAUCAAAAUACGUACAUGAAAUGCGUCGUAAUAUCCAAGAGGAUAGCAUACGCCGUAGAACAAAAGAACUACGUGGCAGCCGGUGAAUACGACGCCAUUUUGUACAGAACCGUCACGCAAGAGUCCGGCAUGGAGAUUAACUUCAACAAUAUUAACCAAGUGGACACAAAUGGCGCACUGAUUUUGCUAGAAAAGAAAAUAAACAAAUACGUAAAACCGACCCUAAAAAUAGUNAAAAUAGUCAACCAAAGCUUGGAAUGGUCGUACAUUUCUGAAGAUGUAUUCCAAAGUUUGAAUCGAAGUUUUUUUGUGCCGUCAAUGAAAUUUUUAGAAAUGCUGCUAAAUAAAACUCAGCUGAAUAUUGCAGUUUACAAUGGCAACUUGGAUGUAGUCACGCCUUUAGCAGGGGCAUCAAAUUGGGCACACAAGCUCAAUUGGUACGGUGCCGAUGAGUUUAAAAAUGCAAAACGAAUAAAAAUCAAUGGUCACCGAACUGGAUUCUAUAAAAAAGCGCACAGAUUUAGUUUUUGGUGGGUCUUCGGCUCUGGGCAUUGGGUACCUGAAGAUAACCCUGUCGCGAUGGAACAAAUCCUAGAGCACGUUAUGUCGAGUGACGAAUAGAAGAGUGGAUUUCAUAUUGAAAUAUUUUUAUAUUUUAUUAAUUGAAAAGUGUUAUUAUACCGUUAUUUUGUAUAAAUGAAAAACAAUUUCUCAAAUAACUUUUGUAUUACUUAUAUCUUAUUUUACACCGAUAUAUUUACAAUACACGAUUCAAAUAACAAAUUAAUAAUUACCUAAUAUACACACAAUAUUUCGAGCACCACCCUCAAAUACAAAAUACACAAUUGUAAGUAUUUUAACAAUGAAAUUCGAUUAAUUUAUGACUUGCUCAAUACAUCGCUAAAUAAAAUAAAUGCUAAACAUGUUUUAUAUCAUUGCAUUUUGUCUCUAUCAACUGUUUGGGGUUGAUAGAAACAGAAUUAUAAAGAUUUAGCUUGAAUUUAAUUCAACAACGUUCAUGCAAGUUGCUCUAAGUAUUAAAAUACCAUAGCAUUAUAAACGCUAACAUUAAGUAGAAUUUACUUAAAGAAUUACUUCGCCUAAAUACUCAAUGCAUUUCAUGCAUUUAAAAAUAUUCCAAUGCAUUCCUAAAUAUCAUACAGAUCCUAUGGCCAGCGUUUUAUUAAAUUGAUGACUAAAAAACAAAAAUCUUCUGGCCCUAAGAUAUCUGUCAGGCUGUUGUGCUCUUAAUAUUUUAAUUAAAUUCAUUAAACUAUAUUUUGGUAUAUUAUCUACAUAUAAAUUGUAACAAUUACAUGGCAACUCACCACAAAUGAUUAUUAAUUCAUUUACGGUCUGGUCCUGGCUGUAGAUUAACGUUAUACAGCCUUUAGUCAAAUCUUGAGGACACCAAUUAUUAAUUAGUUGACUAAGCAAAAUAUCCAAAUCCUCAUAAUAUACAUAUAAAACACAUUCGCUUUGUUCAUAAUUGAUCGUUGGUCAGCAGUAUAUUUUUUUAUUUCAUUUAAAGUAGAGUUUACGAUGCAGACUUAUUUGAUUUGAAUAAUAUUUAAUUAGCUAAAGAUUUUUGAAUAUAAAAUUACCUAAAGAAUACAUACCAUUGAUUAUUUCAGUUUAAGUAAUUAUAAAGUAGGUAAAUGAUUUUAGAAAUUGUACAUGGCAACAUCUGCUCCGGUAAUUUUUGGUUAUUUUUUGUGUUAAAAAAAUCAUAACACUGAUAAUUUCUGGCUAUUUUUCGUUGAAGUAACAUACACUUUCUUAGUUAUGUUAUUACGUAUAACCAAAUAAAUAGGUCAGCGCUUUAUAUCCGCUGCUGUACUGCAGUUUAUCUGGUAUAGCUAAAAUAAGUUUUUUCACCUUUCAAACCUUACCAGUGCAAGCUGGAGCCAUUCAGACUAGUAGAUUAGUGACAGAUAUUUACUAUAGUUGUAUAUUAUACAGGGUGUAAAAAUGUAUCACGAAGCCUAAAACUAUGGACAGCAAAUCGAGUUUUAUUUAGUAAAAAAUUUAGUGAGUAAAGAACUUAAUGGUUGUGAGUUUGAGUUAUU